GCACCGAAAGAACAAGAAUAGAGCUCUAAGAAAUUAAUUGGCUCUGCUCUUAAAAAAAUUGGAUAUUGGUAUAAAUUGGUUUACACUAACUUGUGAAGAAGAUAUUGGAUAUAUAUUGGAAUGACAUUCAAAAUCACACGCUAUUAUCACUCAGCUCGGAUAACCUCACAUACUGCUCCCCACGCUUUCAAAGAUAAAUAAAUCAAUACAAUGGAUGGUGCAAUAACACAGUGGUUUGAACUUGAUAAAGCCCAGAAAUACAAGGAGGCCUACGAUAUCAUUUGUGAUGCAAUAAAUAAAAAUAAGCAUCCCGAUUUAUACUGGAGAAAAGCUCAAUCCUGCAGAAAUCUAGCUAACUCAGUCGGUAAAAACGAUAAACAAGUUUACAAAAAAUACAUUGAAGAAGGUCUUUUAACUUGCGAGCAAGGACUUCAGAUAGAUCCGGAGCACUCGAAGUGCAACUCUUGGUACGGAAUAUUUAUAAAUUUAACAUCAGAACUUGAAGGAAUAAAUAAACGCAUAGAAAAUUCUUUUAAAAUAAAGGACCAUUGGCUGAAAGCCAUUGAAGCCGAUCCUGACGACUUUCUUACACUACAUGCUCUUGGCAGGUGGUGUUACGAAGUAGCAGAUCUCCCAUGGAUAAAGCGAAAGUUCGCUGCUACCUUUUUCGCUCAACCACCAACAUCUUCUUUUGAAGAAGCUCUUAAAUUCCUACUUGAGUCAGAAAAAAAAGCCCCGGGAGCUCUUGCGAAAAAUUCUAUUUACUUAGCGAUGACGUACCAGAAGUUGAAGAAUUUGGAUCUAGCAAAACAAUAUUGCCAGAAAGUGUUAGAAUUUACAGAGGAUGACUAUGAUACUGUAGAAGCGAAACAAGAGGCAUCCGAGCUGCUGAAGAAACUGUAAAGUAUCUGCCCUUUUGUCUAACUAUUCGACAAUAUCUCCUGAAGUUGAGUUUUGGUCUAACUUCCACUGUUAUUAUUUGCAAUGUUUACCAGUAUUUUUGACAAUAUAAUUUGAUACUGUUCU